AUAACAUAUAUUUUGUGGUGAACAGAACUCGUGAAUUGGAUAUGGCCACGCUAUCACGAUGCAAUCACACAAUCAUGACUACCGGAACAUUUUCCUGGUGGGCAGCCUACCUGACUGCCGGGGCUGCAGUUUAUUACAAAGAUUGGCCAAGACCUAACUCAGAACUCGACAAAGAAAUGUUCAAGCCAGAUUACUUCUUGAGAAAUUGGUUGCCGCUAGCUUAGCC